AUGCAUUUUCGUGCUCUGUCUACACUGGAAGGCCGUAUCACGCACCUUGUCACUCUGCCAUCCAAGACACUGGUACCAGCGGUGGGCCUACGUCCAAGUAAACAACCAAGAAUCCACUGCUAUGAUGUGAGCGUUAACCCCAACUCUCUGACAACACUUGUUGACCAUGUACCCCAAUCCUGCAGCGAGGAAGCGAUUGAGCUUAGCUCAACUGAUCCAGACUCUACCUUAGAAGCAGUCAACAACGACGACCCUCUAGCCAAAUACUUUGACCCGCAAACGUCCCUACUGCACGAGCACAUCCUUGAGCCUCCCUCUCCGCCAAUAGCGACGUGGGAACGAGACCUCCAGCACCGCAUCGACAACGGGCGAGGGUUGACUGCGUCGAUAGAUCGUUUUGUGGAUCGGACCGUUAGACGCAUCGAGGCUGCGAUAGGUCAUGCGUGA